CUCCAAAUAAAUGUGCACCAGGGUUGAGUGACGGAGUAGUGAAUGUGUGUGUCGCGCAGAUUACAAAGAGGACCGAGAGCGCGCGGCGGUGCCCCGCACCCCGUGACACAAUGUAGCAAAGUAGACCGCAGUAAACGCACAUGAGAGUCCAGUUUGACCGGACCGAAGUGGACUGAACUAUGCCCAGCGCCGAGAGAACUUUACCUGAACUCGAGAGGAACUCUUUCUUACAUUGCGACAUGGCGGAGAGAGGCGGUGACGUGAACACUCUUAGCGUGCCACUGGUCAUGCGCAGAGGUGGUUCUGAGACUUGUUUAGACCUGGAUUCUGAUCUGGUGGUACGGGACACCCCACGAUCACGCUCUGGUCUGGACACCCUGCAGCAGAAAGUUCUAAAAGUGAAAGAGCAGCUGCGAAUCGAGCAAAAUUUACAGGAUGAAAACGUGGCAGAGUAUCUCAAACUCAUUAACAACGCCGACAAGCAGCAAAGCAGCCGCAUCAAACAUGUGUUUGAGAAAAAGAACCAGAAAACGGCACACAAUAUUGUUCAGCUGCAGAAGAAGCUAGAGCAGUAUCAACGCAAGAUGAAGGAGUGUGACAUCUCGAAUGGGACCAAACACACUCCUACACACUCCAAAGAAAAUGAAAUGCCCAAAGACAACCUCAAGGAAAGCGUUGUCACAGGAAGUGGCCGCCACGUACAUUUGGACAAAGUCAGAACUAUUGGUCCAGGAGUUUCGCUGUCGCCGCCGUUCUUCUUCAGCAAGCCUCGAGAGAUAGCAAACCUCAUUCGCAACAAGUUUGGUAGCGCGGACAACAUCGCACAGCUGAAGAGCUCCAUGGAGACGGGAAGUGGACUGCAGGCGGAAGGGGGAGCCCGAACUCUGAGCGGCAGCGCCACACUAACCCCUAAACCCAAAUACCCGAGCGAUGACGAGUGCUCCACAGGGACGUCGGUGUCAGUUGAGAGUAAUGGUCAUAUGGCUGGAUCAGGUGCGACUGGACAGCACAGCGGGUCGGGGAGAGAAGGAGGCCACGGGGAAAGCAGCAGCCGGCUGGUGGAAGCCUGGGAGGAGAUCAGGGAAUUGAGGGAUACUCAGAAUCUACUGGCAGAAGACAUUGAGACUCUAAAGUCCCAGUUUAAAUGUGAAUUUGAGAAUAUUACACAAACACUACAAGAGGAGCGGUUCAGGUGUGAGCGGUUGGAAGACCAACUGAACGACCUCACUGAGCUUCAUCAGAAUGAGACCGCAAACCUCAAACAGGAACUAGCAAGCAUUGAGGAAAAAAUGGCCUAUCAGGCUUAUGAACGUGCUCGAGAUAUACAGGAUGCUUUAGAAGUUUGUCAGACGCGAGUGAGUAAGUUGGAGUUACAGCAACAGCAGCAGCAGGUCUUGCAGUUGGAAGGUGCCGACGCCAAAGUGCUGCUUGGAAAAUGCAUUAACAUCAUGCUGGCCAUCGUCACUGUGAUCUUGGUGUGCGUCUCCACCGCUGCUAAGUUUUCCGCUCCGCUAAUGCGAAGUCGUCUACAUGUGUUCGGGACAUUCAUAUGCGUUUGUCUACUGGUGUAUGGCUGGAGCAACUGGGAGCAUUUGCAGUGCGCAAUUGAACGAAUGCUACUGCCUAGAUGAGGGACGUGAAACGCGUUUGUAUGCAUGUUCAGCAACGUUCUCGUCAGAUCAAGUGCUCCUCCAGGGAUCUUCCCUUCACAAUGUGACUGUUCUAAGACAAUGGCUUUAACUUACACUUUUUGUCUAUUUUGUGUUUGUGUUUGUGUUUAUGUGAGCAAGAUAGUAUUCAUGAUGUACUGUAGCAAAAACGGGUCCAUCUCUGUGACUUUAUUGUGUUAUUUCGAAUAACAUGUUUCCAUUUGUCAGCCGUGUCUUAAAAGUAAAGGUUCACCACCUUUUUACAAAUUUAAUGUGCUUUUUUUUAGGUGGCGAUGGCAUGUUUGUGCUCACAAAAACAAAUCUGGGUCAUAUUUCAUCCCACAAUCAAUCAUAAGAACAAAAAGAAUGGAAAAAAAUAAAAAAUUAUAUAUAUAUAUAUAUAUAUAUAUAUAUAUAUAUAUAUAGCAUAAAGAAAAUGAAGACUAGGGAGCAUAUUUUCCUUUUUUGUACUGUGACAAUGUCAUGAUGAUGCAUUUUUAUGGGUGUUUUACUUUUGAGAAAUUCUCAUUCUUGAUUCUUAUUAGGUUUUUAUUACUGUCUGUGAUGAAUGGGAUUCUGGAAACAAUAAUUUUACAGUUAUUUUAAUAUAUAACAUGUUUUGUUUUUUUCAUUGUAAUAAUGAGAUGUUAUUGCAGUAAUGAGAUAUUUGGGGAGAUGUGAUUAAUUCUAAACAAUGUUAGAAUGCAGAACAUGUCUUUGUCUUUAAGGGCUUGAUUUUCUUUAUGCAAAAAAAUUUUUUGUUUGUUUUUCGAAUUUAGGGUGAAAUACAAGCCAGACGUGUUUUUGACAUGCUUUGUAAGUUUCAUUCGUUUACUAAGACUACAUUUUCUAGCAUUAUUUGUACUAUUGAAAUGACCUGAAGUUCUUUUCACCGGCACUUUAAACACGGCGCCCAAGUUUGAGAUUCUGUGUGGGGUUUUUUAAUUUUUUUUAUUAUUAUUAUUAAUCUUUAGUCUGAGCAACGGUGCUCUGUACUGACCACAAACUAUAGAAACAAACACUUCUUUUUGUUUGCUAAUAGAAAUGCCUUAGGGGUUAUAGAAACUAGAACAAGAGAAGGAAACAAAUGUCUCUGUCAAGUUUAUGUAACAUUCUGAACUGUUCUUUGUGGAAGUUAGAAUUACUAUUUUUAUAUAUUUUUAAUUAGCUUUGUUUAAUGUAUGCUUUAAUGAUCCAGAAUGCAAACUGAUUUAAACAUUAUUACCAUGUUCCUUUUGAGUGUGUGCCUGCCUGUGGUGGUUUUGACUGAAGAUUGUAUAAGUCACAAAAUCUGAAUUUACCCAUGAACGUGAACUAAGAUGUGGUGUAAAAUUAGUUUUAGAGGCCUUUUAUCUUUAAGCAUGGGGAUAGUGAUUUUAUUUGUUUUAUACAUGCUUCAGUGUCCAUCUGGUAGGAAACUGGUCUGAUUUGAAAUAUUGUCAAAACCUAAAAUAAAUGGCCUCGUUUUCUCUUA